AUGUCUCAAGAGGACAAAGAAGUAGAACAACCACCUCCUAUCUCCCUUCUCUGGGAGGAAGUCAAGGAGAUAUUGUACUUCUGGCUUAAGUUAAAGGCGCUUACUUACAAAACAUACCCACAUGACAGUGUGCUGUGCUUUACUUUUCUACAGGAUUCGAUUGCUGGAACUGUCAACUCCUGCAACCUGUAUUUCUCUUCCACUAUGAGCAGACCGGCUCUGUUGCCCAGCUCUGUGCCUUUCUGUAGCGUUCUCUUGCUCACCUUAGCCACACAAUGUCUAGCUUUCCCAAAAGUGGAAAAGAGGGAGAUGGCACAUGCUUAUGCCCAGACAGAGCAGUCCCGGAAGAUGGACACAGGUGACAGAGAAAGCAUCUCCUCUGCUCCAGAGCACAUGCCCCAGCAGACAUCCUCUGAAGCUCCUAUGGUACUGUCUGUGGGACCUUCUGUGAUGCCAUUAAAUAAAGUCUUCUCAGUCAACAAGGAACAUCACCUCCCUGGAUCUGGACUUCUGAAUCCUACUGUCCCUGAUCUUCAUUCUUCCACUGAGUCAGCGGUCUCAGACAGUGAACAAGGAGGGCAUGGUCCCAGUCAGCUUGAAGGACUGUCUUCUGAACAGAGACUUUCCAAGGCCUUGUCAAUCAUUGCUGUCCCUUCACCUACUUCUCUUAAUCCUCACCAGGAGGGGCACCAGAGCAUCUCUAGCACCCAGCCCAUUGUAGAAGGGAUCACAGUUGUAACAGGUGACUUCCUGAAGUAUGUGGAUAAUCAGUUGUUUGCAACUGAAAGUCAGGCAGCAGUUAGCUUGGGAAAUACACCUUCAUCCUAUAUCAAUACCAAAGAAAUGCUAACUGCCAGUCCAAGAACAGAGAAAGCUGAAACAGAUGCAGCCAAGAGGACGACUGCCUUUCCUGGGGUCGAUUCCACAGCAGACACAGAGCAUGAUGGGGAGAGGUCCUCGGAGGAAUCAGAUGACAAUGUGCAGACCACUGCCACCACAUACUUGGAGACACCCCCUGAGGAUGUUCUGAAUAUUGAUCCAACAGCUGACAGUCUUCUGGCGGACCUCAAGGUCACAGUGAGUGUCAGCACAGCUGUUCCGGUUUCUUCUGACACAAGUGAUGAGUGGGAUGACACCAAAUUUGAGAGUGUAAGUCAGGCAAGGACCAGAGAUUCGGGAGACCAUGCAGAGACUCGGGUGAGAACAGAGCCAUCACGUGGAGCACAUGAGAGCUUUGAAGGGACUGAGGGGAGCCCCACUUCCACAGAGGUUAACAAGGUGGCACUUUGA